CGGCGGCGGCGGCGGGAGGGCGCAGCAGGGGCCGCCGCGGCCGCAGCAUCGCGGCGCGGUGGCAGGGAUGGAGCCCUGGAAGCAGUGCGGGCAGUGGCUGAUCAGCUGCAAGGUGCUGCCGCCCAACCACCGGGUGACCUGGGAGACGGCCCAGGUCUUCGACCUGGCGCAGACGCUGCGCGACGGCGUCCUGCUCUGCCAGCUCCUCAACAACCUCCGCAGCCAUUCCAUCAACCUCAAGGAGAUCAACCUGCGCCCGCAGAUGUCCCAGUUUCUUUGCUUGAAGAAUAUAAGGACUUUUCUUUCGGCAUGUUGUGAAAUAUUUGGGAUGAAGAAAAGUGAACUUUUUGAAGCAUUUGAUUUGUUUGAUGUGAGAGAUUUUGGAAAGGUGAUAGAAACACUUUCAAAACUUUCUCACACUCCUAUUGCAUUAGGCACAGGAAUAAGGCCCUUCCCUACAGAAGAAAGCGUUGAUGAUGAAGAUGUCUACAAAGGUCUUCCUGAUUUAAUAGAUGAAACUGGUGUUGAUGAAGAUGAGGAGUUGUAUGAUUGCGUCUAUGGAGAAGACGAAGGUGGGGAGGUUUAUGAAGACCUGAUGAAAGAUGAAGCAGCACAGCAACCUAAAUAUACUGAAAAUGACAUAAGAAGCUGUUGUCUUGCUGAAAUAAAGCAAACUGAAGAGAAAUACACUGAAACUCUGGAAUCGAUAGAGAAAUUUUUCAUGGUGCCAUUGAAAAGGUUUCUGUCAGCGUCAGAGUUUGAUACUGUUUUCAUCAACAUUCCUGAUUUGGUGAAAAUUCACAGGAAUCUAACACAGGACAUCAAUGAUUCCAUCGUUAACAAAAAUGAUCAGAACCUAUAUCAAAUUUUUAUUAACUACAAGGAAAGAUUGGUUAUUUAUGGACAGUACUGCAGUCAAGUGGAGAUAGCGAUAUCAUGCUUAGACAACAUCUCUAAGACAAAAGAGGAUGUUAAAUUGAAGUUAGAGGAAUGUUCCAAGAGGGCCAAUAAUGGGAAAUUUACAUUGCGGGAUCUUUUAGUGGUUCCAAUGCAGAGAGUGCUAAAAUAUCACCUACUGCUCCAGGAGCUGGUAAAGCACACUACUGAUCCCAUGGAGAAGGCAAAUCUAAAACUGGCACUUGAUGCAAUGAAGGACUUGGCUCAAUAUGUAAAUGAAGUAAAGAGAGAUAAUGAAACGCUCCGUGAAAUUAGACAGUUUCAGCUAUCAAUAGAGAAUUUGAAUCAUUCCCUCUUACAGUAUGGAAGACCUCAAGGUGAUGGGGAAAUAAGGAUAACUACAUUGGACAAACGUGCGAGGCAAGACAGGCAUAUCUUCUUGUUUGAUCUAGCUGUAAUUGUUUGCAAACGGAGAGGUGAUAAUUAUGAAAUGAAGGAAAUAAUAGAUCUUCAGAAAUACAAAAUUACAAAUAACCCCACUACUGAUAAAGAAAAUAAGAAGUGGUCUUAUGGCUUCUACCUCAUUCAUAUCCAAGGUCAAAAUGGUUUAGAAGUUUAUUGCAAAACUAAAGACUUGAAGAAAAAAUGGCUUGAGCAAUUUCAGAUGGCUCUGUCAAACAUACGGCCAGACUAUGCAGAUACAAGCUUUCAUGAGUUCAAAAUGCAUACCUUCAGUCGCGUGACGUCUUGCAAAGUCUGUCAGAUGCUUCUGAGGGGAACAUUUUAUCAAGGCUAUUUAUGUUCUAAGUGUGGAGUUGGAGCACACAAAGAAUGUUUAGGAAGAUUAGACAACUGUGGCAGAGCUAAUUCAGGUGAACAUGGGAACCUGAAACAUGAGAAACGAACAAAUGGAAUUAGAAGAAACUCUAGACAUGUGGACCCAGGUUUACCAAAAAUGCAAGUAAUUCGAAACUACAAUGGAAUACCACAGCCAGCCACACAAGAUGGUCCACCAUUGCACAUCCAGAUUGGGGACACUAUAGAACUAAUUAGAGGAGAUGCACAUAGCUUAUUUUGGCAGGGCAGAAAUCUAACAACAGGAGAGCUUGGAUUCUUCCCAAGUGAUGCAGUAAAGCCCAGCCCAUGUGUUCCUAAACCAGUAGACUACUCUUCACAACUGUGGUUUGCAGGAGCAAUGGAAAGAUUGCAAGCAGAGAGUGAACUUAUUAACAGAGUAAAUAGCACUUACCUGGUGCGGCACAGGACCAAAGAGUCAGGAGAAUAUGCAAUUAGUAUUAAGUACAAUAACGAAGUGAAACACAUCAAGAUUUUAACAAGAGAUGGCUUUUUCCACAUUGCAGAAAACAGAAAAUUUAAAAAUUUAAUGGAACUAGUAGAAUACUAUAAGCACCACUCUCUCAAAGAAGGCUUUAGAAGUUUGGAUACUACUCUUGAAUUUCCAUACAAAGAAUCUGAAAACUCAGUGGGACAAAGGAGUAACAGAACAGGUGGCAACUCCCCUUCUUUGUUCUGUGGGUUUUCUUUUGUAACUCUUCCAGACUACAGCUUUGUUCCCCCUUCCUCCACUCCUUUCUGGUCAGUGCUAAGCCCGAAGGUGAUAGGCAUUGCCAUAGCCAGGUAUGACUUCUGUGCAAGAGACAUGAGAGAGCUGUCCUUAUUGAAAGGGGAUGUUGUAAAAAUUUAUACAAAGAUGAGUGCAAAUGGCUGGUGGAGAGGUGAAGUAAAUGGAAGGGUGGGCUGGUUUCCAUCAACUUAUGUUGAAGAGGAUGAAUGAAUUAAAAACUUUCCUCUGCUGACCAGCAGUUUCAGGGAUUGUAAAAAUUUAAUAUCUUCAAAGUGUUACUGGUUUUGUUAAGUAUUUAAACAGCAGCAUUUUUGUCAGUCUGAACCUUCCAGUCUUAAUGUUGGAAUUUAUACAGAAGUUUGUGCUGACAGAUUAUUACCUUGCCCAGAGCUGUGCAAGAAACAACCUGCCAGUUUGCCAUCACUGGGGAUCAGUACAAAGACCAACCCUCACCUUCCCAGAAGAUCUCCGGAAAACAAAUUUCUUUAUGCUCCUUUUCAUUUCACCCUGUGCUACACCAUGAAUACUAGCUAUGGCUGAAUAUUUAAUAAGUCUCUUUUCUUCUAGCUAACAUCUGUGAUGGUACAAGGAGAUGAAGGCUUAUUAUUCCUUAUCACUGCAUACAGAAAACAGAGUUCAGUCAUUCCAGUGGGCAUAAAGUACAGUCAGUAGACUUGCCUUGAAACAUCAAACUACUUUACUUAUCACCUUACAAACAGUUUUACACUCAUAAAAACAUUCUGAAGGAAAUAUGUAGUAAACAUGAGUAGCAUUCAUGCAUAUAUAAUUAGUUAACUGACUACUUUGAGGUCCUGCCUAAAUCGUCUAACAAUUUGUUGAAAGACAACAUUUUAAAAAGGUGUAGUGACGUGGUAUUGCUUGAACAAGCAUCCACAAAAUAGAAUUGUGGGAUCCUUUCUUUGUCAGUCUUUUUGUGUGAGGUUUUUUCAUUUAAGCAGCUGACCAUAAAAGUGCAACUGAAGAGAGUCAUGACAAGAUGAGUUUUAAAAUUUUCAGCAUUAACAUUAAAUCAAUAUUGUAGACCUAUUCUGUAGGAGAAUAUACUAAUGGAAGAUGAUGUCAAUUCUCAAGAACAAAACUGUUUAUCUUAACCUCUUGAUUGAUUCAGAUGAACUUCGAUGCUUCCAACCCUAAACUGUCUUUUCCUAGUUAAACAGGAGUUUCUAUCACCUUUUGUGCUCUUACAAAGUAACGCGAAGGGAACUUGCAGAUUACUUUGUGCCCUUUCUUCUCUUGUUCCCUGGGAUGUUAACGGCAGUUCAAUGAGUGAGUGGUCUUGUUGCAGUGUUAUGAGCAUCCCCAAGGAAAAAAGUGCCUAGGUUAGCUAGCCUGAAACAUCAGGCCUUGUAAAGUGGUGUCCACCCCUUGGUGAGGCAGUGUUUUAAUAUAUUUAUGGAGGGUCAGAAGUGCUGUAGUUAUACGCUAAAAUAAAUGUGGGUGGUGUCUUCAGAUGUGCAGUUUUGAUUAUUUAGAUAACAUCUAACCUGGCUUGAAAACUUCUAAGAAAGUAAGGCUCUUAAAUGCAUUUUGUUUUUAGGGUGAUGUUGACCAAUCAAGAAAGUUAAUUCAUCCUGUCCCACAUCCUCUCUUUUGCUUUUCCCUAUCCUCUUUUCACAUAGGCGUCUUGCAAUUAGUGUGCAUAGAUACAGCACAAUUUAACACUGCCGUUUUUCCCAGUCUGCAAGCAACAUAAUAUCCACUGUUCGUCCACAGAGCAGAAUCUGCUAGUACGUAUUUCAGAUUCUCUUUGGCUGUCCCCAAUGUUCUUUGCUUCUUUCUGGCCUCCUUCUGGCCCUCAGGAAGGACCAAGCACAGCACAGAGGAUUCACAAUAAUCCUCUUUGUCUCUGCUAUCUUACCCAUCUGCUACACCUUACAUACACUGCUGUGUGACCAGGUGAAAGAGAGGAUCUUCUAAUUAGAAAUCCUCCACUUGUGAGAUUCAGCCUUGCGGAUGAAACUCUGCUGAUGAUCUAACUUUUCAAGGAUUUACCUCGAAAUUAUGUAAACUGUGAUUGUGUUGAGUACAUUACUUGAUGGAACAAUUGAGACCAUUUGUAAAUAAUGUAGAUUAUGCAUAAAACAUUUUGUAAAGGAUGUGUACAACAGUGUAGACCAGAGUAUGCUGUUUUUGAUCUUUUUUUGCCAUGCAGUUCUAUUGUCUAUUGUGAGCUUGAUCCUAUAUUCCUUAAGUAGAUGAAGUUGAUUCUUUCACAGUUUUGCCUGCUCAAGGGGUAGAGGAAUAAGCUCUAGGCCUGUGAAAUGUUUAGUGCUUUGCUGUCAUACAGUUCUGAGAGGAGGCAAUUUAAUUCAAUAUGAGUUGAGAAAUACAUCAGUCGCUUUCAGCAGCUUGGUUUUAGAAUAAUUUUGAGUAGUCUCUCCAUCCUGAAGUUGCUGCAAAGCUUUUAAGCAAUUCCUGAGUCCAGUAAUUGGCCUUUGAUAAGAAUGAAAGCCGUAGCUAAACUUACUUUUGUGGCAUAAAUCUACAUAUUAUUGUCUGUGUUUAAUGCCCUGUAUUGAUUGAGUUAAUGCUGCAUCUUAAACUAUAUUUUGAGUACCAAAGACUUCCUAAAUAUUCUGGAGUGUCUCUUUCAUGUGCUGCUUUUGCCUGUAUGGAGGUUUUGUUGUCAUGCAAUAAUGGAGUUUCAGUACUUUAAUUUGUACUAUUUUGUAAAUAUGUUAAAUAUAAUAAACUGGUUAAUUUUUUGUUUAAUGGUAUGCGUCAAAAUGCAUAGUUGUCUAGUAUGAAGGUUGUGCUUUGUUUGUUUAACCACCUUCUUAUAGUGAGCAGAAGUUGAUAAUGUUCUGUUUUGGUUUCCCAGAUUUGUAUAAUCCUUGUUUAGCUGUAAAAUGGAGUGUCAAUGUAAAUGGGAUAGUAUAGCUUUCCUUGAGAGCUUUUUGUUGUCGGGAUAAUUUGCCUUCUGCCACAUCCAGGAAGGUGGUGGGCGUUUUCGUUUUGUUUUUUAGCUAUGGAGAACAUUGUGGAAUCAGUCGUAUACUAUUGAUUUUUGUCUGUCAGAGAUGAUACUUGUAGUUUUUUGAUUGAAAAGCAGUUGUUCUUAAAAAGUUUUCUUUUAUGUGUCAUGUUUCAUAGCAAUGUUCCUUCUCUUCCACCUUCUGCUUUCUCCCUCUGUCGUAUGUGAAUUAACAUGCAAAUUCAAGUUGAAUUGAGCUCAAAUCUGAAAAUAUAGUCUGUGUCUAAUUUCA